AUGGUCCUCGACCUAGAUUUGUUUCGCACGGACAAAGGCGGCGAUCCCGAGAUUGUGAGGGAGACGCAAAGGAAACGGUUCAAAGAUGUUUCUCUUGUGGACAGACUGGUUCAAGUAGACGCAGAAUGGAGGAAAUGCCGCUUCACCGCCGAUAACCUCAACAAGGCAAAGAAUAUGUGCAGCAAGUCCAUUGGUGAGAAAAUGAAGAAGAAGGAGCCAGUGGGAGAUGAUGACUCCCUACCUGAGGAGGCCCAGGAUGUGGAGGCGCUGACUGCAGACACUUUAGCAGCCCUGACCGUGACUCAGAUUAAGAAGGUGCGUCUGCAGGUGGAAGAGGCUGUGCAGAAGACUGACAGUGAGCGGCAGAAGCUGGAGGCAGAACGCUUCGAAUACCUGCGAGAAAUCGGCAACCUGCUCCACCCGUCCGUACCCAUAAGCAAUGACGAGGAUGCAGACAAUAAGGUGGAGCGGACGUGGGGAGACUGCUUGGUGCAGAAGAAGUACUCCCAUGUUGACCUGGUUGUGAUGGUGGAUGGAUAUGACGGAGAGAAAGGGGCUGUGGUGGCAGGAAGCCGUGGUUACUUCCUCAAGGGCCCACUGGUGUUUCUGGAGCAGGCUUUGAUCAACUACGCCCUGCAGAGCUUGUAUAGCAAGAACUACAACGUCCUUUACACACCCUUCUUCAUGAGGAAGGAGGUGAUGCAGGAGGUGGCGCAGCUUAGCCAGUUUGAUGAGGAGCUCUACAAGGUUAUUGGGAAGGGCAGUGAGAGAUCUGAUGACACCUCAGUGGAUGAGAAGUACCUGAUUGCCACGUCGGAGCAGCCUAUCGCUGCUUUCCUGAGGGACGAGUGGCUAAAGCCUGAGGACCUGCCCCUGCGCUUCGCUGGCAUCUCCACCUGCUUCCGACAGGAAGUGGGAUCCCACGGCCGAGACACUCGUGGCAUCUUCAGGGUCCACCAGUUUGAGAAGAUAGAGCAGUUUGUCUAUGCUUCUCCUCAUGACAACAAGUCGUGGGAAAUGUUUGACGAGAUGAUUGGUACAGCCGAAGAAUUCUACCAGUCGCUGGGAAUUCCGUAUCGCAUCGUCAACAUCGUCUCUGGUGCUCUGAACCAUGCGGCCAGUAAGAAACUGGACUUGGAGGCCUGGUUUCCUGGAUCAUCGGCGUUCAGGGAGCUGGUGUCCUGCUCCAACUGCACAGACUAUCAGGCUCGGCGUCUGCGCAUCCGUUAUGGACAGACCAAGAAAAUGAUGGACAAGGCUGAGUUUGUGCACAUGCUCAAUGCCACCAUGUGUGCCACCACCCGGGUGAUCUGUGCCAUCCUGGAGAACUAUCAGACAGAGGAGGGCAUCAUUAUUCCAGAGAAACUCCGGCCGUUCAUGCCCCCAGGGUUGAAAGAGAUGAUUAAGUUUGUGAAGCCUGCACCCAUAGACCAGGAGGUCAACAAGAAACAAAAGAAACAGCAAGAGGGCGGGAAAAAGCAGAAGAAGCAGCAGGCAGAUGCUGAUCUGCAGAACAAAGUGGAGAACAUGUCAGUCAAUGACUCCUAA